UAUACUCUUUGCCAUCUUUCAUCCACUCAAUACACUCUCAAUUUUUGUCACUCAUUUCUUUUUCUUUCUCUCUCUCUCUCUUUCAAGCUAGGGUUUUGGUUUUGGUUGCAGCAGCUCUUCUUCAUCUCUCUCAGAGCUUGCAGGAUUCUUCAGUGGCUAAAGCUCAUAAAUUUAGUUUAUCAUCUCACACGGGAAAUUUUGCAACAAGGGUUUAAAGUUUUUUGCUCUGAUCUUGAAAGAGACAUGGCAUCAUCAAGUUCAUACAAUUCUCCAUGUGCUGCUUGCAAGUUCUUGAGAAGAAAAUGCAUGCCCGGUUGCAUCUUUGCUCCUUAUUUCCCACCAGAAGAGCCUCAGAAGUUUGCCAAUGUCCACAGAAUCUUUGGGGCAAGCAAUGUGACAAAGCUGCUCAACGAGCUUCUGCCUCACCAAAGAGAGGAUGCAGUCAACUCCCUUGCCUACGAGGCCGAGGCCCGAGUCCGAGACCCCGUCUACGGCUGCGUCGGGGCCAUCUCGUUCCUCCAAAGGCAAGUCCAAAGGCUCCAAAAGGAACUUGACGCUGCGAAUGCCGACCUAAUUCGGUACGCAUGCAACGAGAUACCUAGUGCAGGGGUCGGUCAUGUGGUUCAGUCAAUCCCCGGCCCUCGCCCGAGAAGCUACGAAGGGGCAUCGAGCGGGUAUUAUAAUCAACAGCUUUCUGCUUUCCCCAUGGCUUAUCCACUGCCUUGGAAUGAAAGCUCUUCUGGAAAUAACAUGAAUGAAGGAGGAGGAGGGGAUGGCAGUAUUUGAAGAAAACUUUUCAAAAAAUCCUCAAAUUGGGGGAAUUCCCAUUUAGGGUUUUCUCAACCCUAGAGAGAAAUCACUACUCUCUUUCUGGUAUGCCAUUUCCUAAUAUAUUUAUAUAUAUAUAUGAUGGUUUUUCUAGCUAGCUAGCUUUAUGAUCACAUGGACAUUUUUCUAGCUAGACGACUUAAUUAGUUAAUUUUUAUUUUUUUAAUCAUUUAGGGUCU